UUUUUUAGUGCUUUUGGACCAGGUGAUGUCACUACACGUCUCGCUGGAGACUCUCCCAGACCUUCCUAGAGGAAACUUUUUCGAACAACAGCUAGGGGAGGGGAGAGAAAGUUGGACAAGGAGAACACCAGGACUGUUGCUUUCCUCCCGCAAGAAAACCUUAAGGAUUGCUGUCGUGGAACUGUGGAUUACAGCAAGAUUGCGCGCACAUCAAACCAUCUGUGCUUUGGGAGAUAAUCGUUGGAUUCAUGUGGUCUUAACCUGAAGGAGCUAUCGAUUGUUUUAGGUGGGAGCUCUGGGAGUAGUCAUGUGGCUGCUGCUGUUUCCUCUCUGCUUGAGCUGCUCAAGUGCUCUGGUGUCCGCUGAGGAUGUGGGCUGCCCGACUCUGCAGGUGGAGUCCUGGAAGUUUCCACAGACCGCGAGGGACAACAUCACUGGGUUUAAUCUGGUGCGGCGCUUCGGCCUGGUGAAGAACUCCGAGGUGAAGAAGAUCCGUAACCCUAGAGGACCUGUCAUCCUGCGCCUGGGAAAGGUGUCUCUCACUCAGCCAACCGAGCUGGUACUUCCUCAUGGCCUUCCUGAGGAGUUCACUCUGGUCAUCACCCUCCUGUUGAAGAGGAAGGCGCUGAAGGAGAAUAUCUACCUGUUCCAGAUCACCGAUGAACAAGGAUACCCCCAGUUCUCGCUAGACCUGAGUGGCCCGGAGGGCACCCUGACUCUGCGUGCGCGCGGCACGGCCGCCGAGAGGCCGCCAGCGGAGUGUGUGUUCAGCGGCGAGGGCAUCGAGUCCCUGCUGGACCUGCGCUGGCACAAGCUGGCCCUGAGCGUCCAGAGAGACGCCGCUGCCCUGCAUGUGGACUGCGGCUCCAUCGUGACCAAACCCCUGGAGCCCCGUGGGCCUCUCCCCACCAACGGCAGCACCCUGCUGGCCAUCAAGGCGGACGACGCAGCCCCUGUGGAGAUUGAUAUCCAACAAGUGAUGGUGUACUGCGAUGCAUCUCUGGCCAUUCAGGAAGCCUGCUGUGAGAUUCCCGGGGCGCGGUGUCCCCCUGAUGCACCCAAGAGCCGCCGCGCAGCAGAAACUGACCCAGAUGGAAACCUGGUGGAGCUGGUGCCAAAUCCCUUUAAUCAGGCUAUUCUUGGCAAAGAGCUGGCGGAGAAGUGUGCGGGCUGCGUAUUGAUUAGUGAGGAACAGAGUGUCAGAGGAAGAGAUGCAGGAUUCUCCUCUCAAUCAGGUCUAAGAGGCAUGAAAGGAGAGAAGGGAGAAAAGGGUCUGGAUUGUGCUGGAUCUGGACCACUCGGUUCAUGUACUGAAGGACCCAAGGGCCAAAAGGGAGAGAAAGGCGAGUCGGGGCUACCUCUAAACUGGGCGGAUGGCCUUGGACCAAGGGGAGAAAAAGGAGAGAAAGGGGAGAUUGGUGCUCAGGGCUCACCUGGCCGUGCAGGCAAAGAUGGGCGAGCCGGAUCCAUUUGUCUGAUUGGGCCGAAAGGACUAAAGGGUUCUCGUGGAGAGGUCGGACCGGAGGGGUUAGCGGGAGAACCGGGGCCCCCUGGGAAACCUGGUCUGCCUGGAGUCGGAAAGCCAGGACCACCGGGGCCGCCUGGUGGAACUCCGGGUGCAAAAGGAGACAAAGGGGGUUCUGGGAUACCUGGGAGAGACGGAGAGCCUGGAGACCCGGGGCCAAGAGGUCCGGGGGGACCCAAGGGUGAGAAGGGCGAUUCCUGUGGUCCAUGCCCUGCAGGUUUCGGAGGCGAGGGGGCGUUGGGCUCUAAGGGGGAGACAGGAGCCCCAGGGAUCGGAGAGCGCGGACCGGAGGGGCCAGCAGGAGUGGAUGGCAGUCCAGGAGAGAAGGGGGAGGCAGGAGCAUCUGGUGUGAAGGGGGAGAAGGGUGAGCCGUGUGCUGUAUGCCCUACCCUGGGUGAGCCUCCUGCUGGAAUCACCGUCUUGCCAUCAUCCAAAAACGGCAUGGCACUGAAAGGGCAGAAGGGAGAGGAGGGUGUAGCAGGCAAGAAUGGAGCCGACGGGAAACCGGGGAGGGCUGGACACAGGGGACCUGCUGGAAAAGAAGGACAGAGAGGCCCGAAGGGAGAUGCUGGGAUACCGGGCUUUGGCACUCCAGGACCCAAAGGCGAUAAGGGUGAUUCAUGUGGUGUCUGCUCAUCCCCCUCUGAGGUGGGGAGUCACUCCACCAUCAAGGUGGCCGGUACCGAGGGCAAACAGGGUCCACCUGGGCUGGCAGGAUCUAAAGGCGAGAAGGGUGACCAGGGGUUGCAGGGAGACCCGGGCACCAAUGGCAGUCCGGGUGUGCCAGGACUGCCAGGAGACUCUGGGCGAGAUGGCGUGGCUGGCAUUAAAGGAGAGAAGGGAGACGCUUGUGACAGCUGUCCAUCACUCCCUGAGGGGCUGACGAAUGUGGUGGGCUUGCCCGGAGCCAAAGGGGAGAGGGGUGAACCAGGAGUAGCUGGAGUGGGCAAACCAGGGAAACACGGUCAGCCAGGUCUUCCUGGGGUGCAGGGGCCUCCGGGACCUAAAGGAAUGCAGGGUGACCCAGGACCUGCUGCUGUUGGACUUCCUGGACCACAGGGCAUAGAGGGACCUCGGGGUAUUCCUGGCGUUCUGGGUCCCAUUGGACCAGCUGGAGCCCCUGGACCAAUCGGGCCUCAGGGAGAAAAGGGCAUGAAGGGGGAAGUUGGACCUGCAGGACCUCCAGGUCCAGCAGCUGUUGGACCGAUGGGACCUCCGGGCAAAACCGGGACCCCAGGUCAUCCAGGUAUCCCUGGACAAGAUGGCCAACCUGGAACUAAUGGAGCUAGAGGCGAAAAGGGAAUGCCGGGAGAUUGUAACUGUUUACCGCAAGUUUACACUGGAGCUGGUGGACCAGGCGCACCAGGAGUGAGUCCAGGCACGAAUGUAUUACAGCCUGGUCCUCAGGGCCCCCCGGGUCCUCCGGGACCUCCAGGUCCUCCUGGGCCCCAAGGCUUCAGAGGCAUCCCAGGACCACAGGGUAUCCCUGGCAACGAUGGCCUACCAGGGAAAGCGGGCCUGCCCGGCACCGUACCUCCUCUGCCUUUGCCUGAGCAUCUAACCAAAUCUGACCCCAAGGAGCCCUGUGAAGACUGCUCGCAGGGCCUGCCUGGUGUGCCAGGGGGUGCGGGCACCAAAGGCGACAAGGGGGAGAAGGGGGAUCAGGGGAAACCAGGCAUCACGGAGGCAGACGACUGUGCGCGGUGCUACAAGAGGCCUCAAGGAGAAGAGCCGGCUCAGGAAGUAGUAAAUCCCACCACGACAGGAGCAGGAGGAGGAGGAGCAGGUGGCUGUGCAGGUGGGGCCGGCUCACCUGGCCCUGCAGGACAUCCAGGCGAAAUGGGUCCUCCAGGUCAGAGGGGAUUCCCAGGCCCUCCAGGUGCUGUGGGUCCACCAGGUUUUCCCGGUCCACAGGGUUCUUCUGGCCUUCCUGGCAUGCAAGGAGAGAGGGGACCGCCGGGCCCACCCGGACUAAAGGGAGAACAGGGAGCAUCAGGAAAUCCUGGAUACCCAGGAACAAUGGGCGGCCCUGGACUCCCGGGACUUAAAGGAGAACGCGGUUCCCCCGGCAACAAUGGGGAAAAGGGUGAAUCAGGACCGCCCGGGAUGCCAGGUUACCAAGGGAAACAGGGAGUUCCUGGGCCCAAGGGUGAGGCUGGACCUUCUGGACCUGUAGGACCCAAGGGAGAACAGGGUUUUACAGGACAACCUGGCUUCCCAGGGCAGCAGGGAGCUCCAGGCUUCGCAGGAAAAGCAGGGCCCCCUGGUCCACCUGGGCCGAAGGCAGAGAAGGGUGAGACUGGUCUUCCUGGCCAGCAGGGAUCAGCUGGCCCUCCUGGCCGCCAGGGCCCUCCAGGCAUGCCGGGACCUCCAGGUAUGGAAGGCAACGAUGGGACACCUGGAAAACCUGGACAAAGAGGAGAUUCUGGUCCUCCUGGUCCCAUUGGUCCCAGAGGAAUUCCGGGUUUCAAAGGCAUCAAAGGUCAUCAGGGAUUCCCUGGACCAAAGGGAGACUGUGGCCCGCAGGGUCCUCCUGGAAUGGCAGGCAAACCGGGCAUGGAGGGUGAUCCUGGCACACCAGGGCCACAAGGUCCCCCAGGUGCUCCCGGACAUCUUGGGGCCACCGGACCUGCAGGACCUCCCGGACCCAUUGGCCUAGCCGGAGUGGGUGUGAAGGGGGAUAAGGGGGAGCAGGGAGACAGAGGCCUGGGAGGACUACCUGGACCACCAGGAGCGCCCGGACACCCAGGAAUGAUGGGAGAAUCAGGAAGUGAUGGUUCCCCGGGAAAAGACGGAAUCCCAGGCUUGCCCGGAAACAAUGGAGAACCAGGACAAAAGGGUGAGGCAGGGGCCUCGGGCCAGCGGGGGUCCCCAGGAGAGCGCGGGCCCCCAGGACCCCCCGGAGGAGGCGGCGGCGGCUACGGCUCCAAGAAGAGCGGGGACGUGAUGGGACCCAUGGGACCGCGCGGCGAGAGGGGGUCGCCGGGGCAACCAGGGCCACCAGGAACCGCUGGACAUCCCGGCCAACCAGGCAAUGACGCGGUGGUCAACUACGAUGACAUCAGGGGCUACAUAAGGCAACAGGUCAUCAAAAUAUUUGAUGAGCGGAUGGCGUACUACAUGUCACGCAUGCAGAUGCCCGUUGAGAUGGUCUCGUCUCCCGGACGACCAGGGCCCCCCGGCAAGGACGGAAAUCCUGGUCUGCCAGGACAGCAAGGGAUGCCAGGCCGCCCGGGGCAGAUUGGCCGAGAGGGUCGAGUAGGGCCUAUGGGCCCGCCAGGGGGGCCUGGACCAAGGGGAGAGAAGGGGGAGAAGGGAGUCGGGGAGAUGGGUGACUCUGGCCCCCCCGGUGCCCCAGGUGUUCCAGGGCCUCCAGGCUAUGGGAAGAUGGGACCCCCAGGUCAGAUGGGUCAGCAGGGUAUCCCAGGGAUACCAGGACCCCCUGGUCAGCAGGGGUCGAAGGGCAAGGAGGGCCGAUGCAACCCGUCCGACUGCAUGAGUAUGCCCAUGGAGUACAGCCCCAAGGGUCCGCCCGUUAAAGGGCCCUGGUAGAGGAGGAGAGAGCGAGCAAGAGAGAAGGGGGGAGAAAGAGAGAGAGAGAGAGAGAGAGGGAGAUGGAUGAAGGGGAGGGAGGGAGAGGGUGGGAGGGAGAUGUUAUAAACAGUUACAAAUGGGAGAGUUUUACAGUAAGACAAGCACACUUGCAGUUGAGUUGGCAAAAGAAAGCAAAAAAAAAAAAAAAAACAGAAAGAAAGAAAAUUGGGAGAAACUUCCGGAAAAAGCAGUAAUUUACCCCCUGCGUUGCGUUAUCCAAGCUACUGCACUGUAGUGCCAACCACUCACUAAGCUUGUCUGAGCCACGCCACGCGCAGUGGAAGCUUUCAGUUCAGAACGCCCCACUGCUGAAAUAAUAUGUUUGCUUCAGGCUUGUCUGAACGGAGGCUCCUCUCUCAAACUCGCCUCUUUCCAGCCUCAUCCACGCCUCCACAUUUGCAUCGUGUAAUCAGCCGCUCUGGCCCUCGCUGAAGAGGCUGCGUUGAAGAAGAGAUUACGGACUAGACUCUUUUAUCUCCAUUUUAUUUUCUCUCAAACCGCACCAACAUCAGGAUGACUUUAUUUUUUUCUGACAUAUCUCUCUCCAAAUGAGCUGUUUCCCCUCUCGCUGAGUUAAAAAAAUCACUUUUUUUUCCCGUUGUUGUUGAAAAAGAUGUUUACACACAGCACAAUCUGUGUUAACCGUUACAUCCCCAAACCCCAGUCAAAAGGAUUGCUUUUAUAUGGUAACUUAAAUGUUUUUUUUUUUUUUUCAUAGGCAGCUGUUCAACUGUGCUGUGUUAUUUUUUUUCUGUUUUCUCUGUUGUCUGACCACUACAAGUGCCUCAUAUUUUUAGAAAGACCCAGUCCUGCCAUACAUAUCCUCACUGUACGUACCUCUGCUAUGUAAUCAAAGAUCAAGAAGUUUUUAGAACAUUCCAGGAAGAAAAUAUGAUCCCCACGACUGAUGAGAUAUACUGCAAAAUGUAAUGCCAAUGGUACCAUCACUAUAUAAAUUUGCCCACUUUAGCAUUGGGCAUGUGUUGUGUAUAUAUGAAUAUUUAUAUAUAAUGGCUUUUGUAUGAGUUGAUUUUGUUUUGUUUUUGUUUCAACAAUUGGCAUAGAGAUGGUGUAGUUCUCCUACUGUGACUGUGGUCUUUAAACCAUCCACGGUGGUCAAUGUGAGAAAAACAGUCCUCAUAAGCUGAGAGCAGGCUCCAGCCUCUCUCUGAUUGGGCAAACCCUGGCUUCUGUGUGUGUGUGUGAGAGUGAGCGAGCAGCGCGUCUACAGUUUAUCCAGUAGUUGGCCCAGUCUCUGAAAGUGGGAUGCAAAGUAUUCAUCUGUUUUAUCAUGUGGGAUAUUUCCAUUUUCAAAGCUUUUGGUGCAUCCAUCCAAAAAAAAAAAAACAACUAACAAGCAUUCGCACACAGCAGUGCUGCCGCACAACCAAAUCUCCUGAGCCCUUUUCAAACUUGAAUCACUUUCCUUUGUUCUGUAAUACUCGCAUCGUCUUAGAUAAUCUCAUGCAUUUCAAAUAACUGCCAUCAUCAAAAAAAAAAAAUGCUAUUCACAUUUUAUUGCCUCGGGUAAUUUGUUCAUUACUUGAUUGCUCUCCUAAAUGGACAAGGAACGAUAAGCCAUCCAUCAUCAGUCGCCAUAGCAGCAAGGCUGAAUCUGUAAUAUGGAGCACUUUAAUUAAACUCUUCCUGGGGCCGCUAUCUCUUAUUGUAGAGUUUGUAUUGUGUGUGUAUGUGUACUAUCCAGAGACCUGAUUGGCUGUUGAGACCAUCCAUCAUCUGUCUGUAGAGUUCUGCCCCACUCUCCUUUCCCUUCAUAAAUCUCACGCUGUUACCAUGCCAACACCUUCUUAUCAUGCCUUUCCAAGUCGUGUCAGAAUCCAUCUUGUGCUGAGGUUUUUUUUUAUGGAAAUUUGAGAAAAGCAAAUAAAUAUUUUUAAUGCAGA